AUGCCAUUUGCCGGUAGAAUUGAGCAUCGUGCUCAUUGGGCUAUUAAAACAUUGAACUUUGACCUUCAAAGUGCCGGUGAAAAGUGGUUGCUUGACCUCCAUGCCUUGGAAGAGCUAAGACUGGAUGCAUAUGAGAAUGCACAGAUCUACAAGGAAAAGACCAAGGCUUGGCAUGACAAGCAUAUCAACAAAAGGGAGUUCAAGGAAGGUGAUAAGGUCUUACUAUUCAAUUCCCGGUUGAAGUUGUUUCCAGGUAAGCUAAAAUCAAGAUGGAGUGGACCUUUUACCGUCAAGAAGGUGUUUCUAUAUGGUGCAAUUGAAAUCUCCAAUGAAAAUGGUGAACCGUUCAAAGUGAAUGGCCAAAGGCUAAGCCAUACUUUGAGGGUUUUGUGA